UGCUUCUUGGUUUCAAAGGGCUUCAUGGUCUCCCACCCCGCCGUUGGACUGACGCGGCUUCCGUAGCAGUGUGAGUAGUCGGGCGGUGACGCAGAAGCGCCGAACGGACAGAACAUUUCUACUGUCAAGAUGGCGACAUCGGAGCCGAAAGCACCUGAAACUGAAGAUCAACCGACUGAAAGCCAAGUCGUUGCAAAUCCCGAGCAGUACGUCAAACACCCUUUGCAAAACAGAUGGGCGCUGUGGUAUUUCAAAAACGACAAGAGCAAAAGCUGGACAGAGAACCUGCGUCUCAUUUCCAAAUUUGACACAGUGGAAGACUUCUGGGCAUUAUACAACCACAUACAGCAACCAAGCAAACUUGGCUUUGGUUGUGAUUAUUGCUUAUUUAAGGAUGGGAUUAAGCCAAUGUGGGAGGACGACAGGAACAAACUGGGCGGUCGAUGGCUGAUGACUCUCAAUAAACAACAGCGACACAAUGACCUGGACCGCUACUGGAUGGAGACGCUCUUGUGUUUUGUCGGUGAGUCGUUCGAUGAGGCAAGUGAAGAUGUGUGCGGUGCCGUGGUCAACGUCAGACCCAAAGGUGACAAAAUAGCCAUCUGGACGAGCAACUGCCAAAACAGGGAUGCCAUCAUGACGAUAGGGCAAGUUUAUAAAGAGCGCCUGAACCUCCCCACCAAAGCCAUGAUUGGCUACCAGUCACAUGACGACACGUCCAGCAAGAGCGGAUCCACCACCAAGAACAUGUACACCGUUUGAAACAACCCCCCUUCCAACUUGCUGUAGAUUUAAACAAUUACCAAUCCGCAUCAUCACAUUAAUAAUUUUUUGAGUUGUCAACUACUGUAGUGUCCUUUUCCUUUUACUGAAAAGAGAAUUGUUCAUAGUGUGUACAGUUGGAGCUUCCCCCAUCGUGAGAGAUCAGUGGAGCAGUUUUCAUAAGUGGAGGCCGUAAAGAAGACGACGUUUCACAUGAGCUUCAGCGAGAACACAAAUGAUUUCCUUUUUCGAAUUGAAACGUCAUAAUACCCGUGACCGCCCCUAGCUUAGGUGAGAACAAGCUUUUUUUCUGUACUUCACGGCUUUAAGUUGCAAAAACGAAAGUUGCUUAAUGAAAAGGCCUCGUUGUUCUCGCUACUUACUCAAAGUGUUCCGCGCCCACAGGAUACGGUGGUUGGCAAUUUAUCAUGUCACUGAACAAAUUUUAAGGGCAAUUUUUAACUUGAUUUAUCCAGUGUUAAACAUAAGUUGGACUUUCAGACGCACCCGUUUGAAGAAUCUACAGUAUCUUAAAGGUUUGUUAAAGCUGUGGUCACACUCCAAAGUGUAGGGUUUGGAUUGAGGCCACUUAUUGUUUCAGCCAUGCUGGAAUUGUGGAAUAUUGCAUUGUAGUACUAUUUGAACAUUUUUUUCCCCUUUCCCUUUACAUUUAUUUAUAAUGUAUGCAUUGCAGUUCGAACUACUUAGUUAAAACAACCAUGGAACUCUUGUUUUUUCAAAUUGUUUUUCUUUUCUUAUUUUUUCUCUUCUUGUUAUUGAGGUUCAUGUGGACUACUGCAUAUAGAUGGCAUUUUUUUUACAGUGUACCAUGCAGUAAAGAUGCUGACAGACUUAGGUGUGCUUUUCACUGUUUUCUUCCUAACAAAACAACUGUAGAUAAUGUUGCACUCCUUUCUCGGUUGAUGCGAAGGAAAGAUGAUAUUCAUUGUGAAAUGACUGCUCAUAAUGUACCUUUAUUAUCUGUAAUUCCAGGAUGUAUAUUACCUUCUUUCAAGUAAAGGUUAAGUGCUUUGCAUUAAAACCAGAGACCACGUUG